CAGAUAGGAAGUUCUCAGUUUUCACAGAAUUGCAGUGAGUUUUUUCUGCAAAAUCCGGUCUUCAUCAAUAUGCCGAAGACAAAAGCGUCGUCUCAGCGGAAGCAGAAGUCGAAAUUCAUACCCUAUGCGACUGGAUUCAAACCUCCAUCAGAAUCAGAGCAGAGGAAAGCCAUUAGUGCCAAAUCAUUGCCGAAAGAACUUGAGCCUAAUGACUCCUUUUUCUCCCCCGUUCCUGCCCCAACCUCUGCCGAUGACUGGUUAGCACAGUAUAAUGAGGAAGGACAGACCUUCACAGAUUUCCUUGAGGAAAAUCCAUGGAUUUCUUCUCUGAAACGCAAGGCAGCCAAACAAACUUUCGUAUCACGUGGAAACAGUCUUCCUGAAAAAUAUCCUGAUGGAAAAAUCUAUCUACUUCCUCUAGGAGAAUUUUCUUGUGGUUCUUCCCCUAACUUCAACAUCCUUGUUGAGUAUGCUCAGGCAUUCUUCUGUUUGCCAGUUGAUGUUUUGCCUGGUGUACCACUUGAGAGUGACGAGGGCUCAUCAUCUGUUCACUGGGUGGAAGCAAGGAGGCCAGGAAGUUCAUUGCGAUCAAGGAAGAUAACAAGACCACAAAAGUUCCACUUAGAUUCUCGACACAAUGAUAAAAGUGGUAAACGCCAGCUCCAAGUCAACUCCAUCCUUGUCAACCUGAAGAGGAACAUUCCAAAUGAUGCACUUUGUUUGAUCGCACUCACGAUGGAAGAUUUGUAUCAAGCCUCGAACGAUUUGUUCGUUGCUGGAAUGGCUGCGGGAAAUCAUCGUGUCGCUGUGUUUAGUUUCUACCGCUACGAUCCUUCCAUGGCCUUUUCGAUUGAACAUUGGUGGGAUACAAACAAAAAUAUUUUGGUGGAUGAAGAGGAGAGAAUGAAGAUGAUAAUUCAGAGAAGCUGUAAGCUUUUGGUUCAUGAAGUUAGUCAUAUAUUAGGCCUAGAUCAUUGCAUAUUUUUUUCAUGUUGUAUGAAUGGUUCUGGGCACCUUAAGGAGGAUUUCAGUCAGUCUAUGCAUCUUUGUCCAGUCGACUUGCACAAGUUACAUUUCUUGUGCGGGUUUGACAUAAUUGAAAGGUACGGGAAGCUAUUAGAAUUCUUUGAGAAAUAUGAUUUGAAGGAGGAGGGGGAUUGGGUUAAGAGGAGAUUAGAAUAUCUCAAUGAAGAGCAUGUGUGAUACUGUUUACAGUUGGAACUUUUAAGGAUUGACCAUAGGUACCGCUAUUUUGGCUAGAUCUCAAAAUCCGUAAGCAAUUAAAACUCUUUCCAAAAGAAUUGAAUGCUCAUUUUAAAUCCGGGAGGCUGUUUUCUGAAAACAGAACAGACUUCCGCCCUUGAAAUGAGUAUUUACUACAUUUUGAAAAACUUCUAAUUGCCUUAUGAUUUCAAGUUCUAGCCAAAAUGGUGGUACCUAUGGUCAACCCUCAGGCAUUCUCCGUUUGUUCAAAAAUUUGACAGUUGAACUCGAAUUUGAAAAUUUCUAAUUGUGUAAAAAUAGUCUGAAUCCAAUUUUCAAUAAUUGUGUAGACAGAUAUACAUUGCUAUUACCAUGCUGAAAGAUAUUUGUGUGGCCUUAUGUUAAAUAGAAUAGUUUACCACAUUUGUAUUGUUUCAUCAUAUUUUAUUUUGUUUUUUUGCACAAUACUGAAAUACAUAUUUGUGCCAUCAUAAUAUAUUAUCAAGUAUUCGAUGAAUACUUGAUAUUAUCUAUUGAAAUCUGUCAUACAUUAUUAUAUUUCUAUACAUUUGGAGUGCUCUCUUUUUUAUCAUAGUAUAAGUUUAAUGAAGUCUAUCUUGCAAAAUAACAUUUUUCCUGCAGGCGAAUUGAAAUGAUGUUCUUGAACAAACUAGGUUUAGAAAACAAGAUAGAGGGACUAGAUUAUUCAUAUUGUCUGGGCGUGCGUAAAGCUUUAGCUGGGGACAAAUAAUUAAUGGAUCACCAUUGUCACUAUUAAUCCCAUCAUUGAAUUUUUAAUGUAUGCAAUUUUUGGCAAUCAAUGGUCACAGAGAAAAGGUUACAUUUUGUUUCUUUGAAGGGAGAAUAUCUGUUGGUCCCUUAUGUUUAACUGAAAUAAAGGUGGAGGUACCAUUUAUUUUAUUAUUCGCCAAGACUUUUAAUCUCUAUCUAACCUUUAAUCAGACCUUAGACUGGGUAUGGAGCUUUUUAUUUAUAGCGUAUAUGUAUAACUUAAUGAUAACUAAUUUAUUAUUAUUGUCUUGUAAAGAAUUAUAUAUAAACAUAUCAGAGGUUUGUAUUUCAUUUAGAUAACAAGAUAUUUUUUCAUUGAUUGCUAAAUAAUCAUGAAAGCUGAUGUGAUAAUGAUAUGCAUACUUGACAGUGUGCAUGUAUUUGUGUGUAAUAAUUUAUUUAAAAUGAAGCACAAAUAUUUGUGCAGAAGGACAUUUUAAAGGGCCGCUCCGUUUGUUAAAAAAAUUGAAAAUUUAACUCUGAUUAUAAAUUUGGCAAUGCCACUGUGUAGCCGGAUAUAAAAAUACUUCAGCAAAUUUUGCAUGCAUAACUGCACUGCGGCAUUGUGUAUUGCUUUUUUUCUGAGCCAACAGUGAAUACAAUGAACGCAAGUGGAGUACCUCUUUAAAUAGUCUGUUGUAGGGCUGGGGUGUGCAAGAUUGUUCCUCAGGCUGGUAAGAGCCACUUUGGUCAUUUUGAGGAAAUUAUCAUUGAAAAAUAACAUAAGGUCUGUGACUUACAAGUUGGCAGCAAUGGCACCUAGUCUAAUACAUAAAGAGUUGUGCUUAGAGAUAAUCCAUAACAUUUGAUAAUCCUAACAAUGUUAGGAAGAGGGGGAGGGCAGGUAAGAGGCUUUUCAGGAUUGUCUUUUUAGAUAAAAACAUUGAUUUGUUAGAGUUCCUGGCUGUGUAUAGUUGCGUAGUUGUUAAUAAUUUAUGUUAGGAUUCGGGGGGAAGGGGUCAAACUCAAUACAAACAUUAUCAGGAUUCUGAAACACAGUGAUGUUUAUGGACAAUCUCCAACCUGGCUCUUGCUGUCAGUGAAAGCGAUAUUUGGGGGGGGGGAAUGAAAAGCAGUGUUUAAUUUCAACAAUGCCGUUGUGUAGACAGAUGUGCAAUACUAUAGAUACCAAGUUUGAGCAAAUUUGUAUGCAUAAUAGUACACUACAGCAUUGUGUGUAACAGCUUUUCUAUUUUCUUGAGCUAUCACUAAGUACAAAUGGUGUAUCCCUUUAAAAGCUUUUAGACAGUUCCGGGAUAAAACGUUAAUGUGGAUUAGAAAGGACAAAAAAUAGGCCUGGCCUUAAAACAUAUUUUAUUUUAAUGCAAUUUUUGGAAUUUUGUUUAUUUUGCUCAUGUUGCUAUCCCUGUGAGUGGUUGCAUGUUUCUGAUGAAUUUCACUUGUCAUGUCAUACCAAUACUGCUGUUGCUGAUUUGGUUGUGAUUAAUGCUUCACUAAUAAAAGUAUGAG